AUGAAAUGUAUGUUGGGAGAAGAUCCGCAAGAGCAUCUUCGACGCAAGCCUCAGACUGAUAUGAUGGGUCCAGAAUCAUUGAAUUCGUUGGUACGUCGCAUGGAUUGUGAACGGAUGUUCUCCCACAUGGGUCAUGAGAUAUUUGAUCCGUUGCCAGUGACCGUUACGAUCUCGAGAACCCAAUAA